GUAAUAUGGGUCUUAGACCUACUUAAGUCAAUUAAGGAAGCAGUACGGCUUUAACAAAACAAACGGUAAAUGAAACGGUUUAUUUUAGCCAACAACAUACCAAAGCCAACUUUACCGAAAUUCGACUGAAUAUCAUCAACGUGUAAAAAGUGCCGUCAAGUCCCAUUCCAUUCAUCAUUGACAGUUUUGAAGUGUCUGUUUGUAGGUUAUGUGCAUUUAGUUGGUCCUUUGAAUGACACGUUUAUAUCGGCUGUACACGUCCUGUCCGCGUUUUUAAUUGAUCUUACAUAUGUGAAAAGGGAUCCGUGAAAAAUGGGAGGACAAAAAUUCCAAUACGACGAAAGCGGCGGGACAUUUUUUUAUUUCCUACUCUCUUUCCUAGCGCUAACCUUAAUACCAGCCACUCUCUAUUAUUGGCCAAGAAAACAAAAGGAGGAUCCCGAAAAAGUGAAGAGGCAGUGCAAAUGUGAACAAUGCAGUCUGAAGAGAGAACAUAUGAAAACAGCUGCUCCAUGGAAGGGCCCCAAAAAUUUAUUCAUCAAAUUUGUAAUCAUCCUUGGAUGGAUCAUAUUAAUUCUCAUUGCCUAUAAGGUAUCACAGUUUGAUUAUGAGAUGUCCAACUUUGAUCCCUAUGAGAUCUUGAAAGUCCCAGUUGGAGCAUCACAAGCUGAAAUCAAGAAGGCUUACAGAAAGCAGUCAGUAAUAUUGCAUCCUGAUAAAGAAACUGGUAACGAGAAAGAGUUCAUGAGACUUUCCAAAGCGUAUCAGGCUUUGACUGAUGACGAGGCACGUAAAAAUUGGGAAAAAUAUGGUAAUCCAGAUGGUCCAGGAGCAAUGAGUUUUGGUAUAGCUUUACCAUCAUGGAUUGUUGAAAAAAAGAACAGCAUCUGGGUUCUUGGUUUAUAUGGCUUAGUGUUUAUGGUAGCCUUACCAAUUGUCGUAGGCACCUGGUGGUAUAGGAGCAUCAGGUUUUCAGGGGAUAAAGUUUUAUUGGACACAACACAAAUGUAUUAUUUCUUCUUCCAUAAAACACCACAUAUGAUGUGGAAACGUGUGAUAAUGAUCUUAGCUGCUAGUUUUGAAUUUGAUAAAAAAUAUAAUUCAGAAAUCGUAACUCGUCCAUCUGACGAUGAGGAGGUACCACAGCUGACGAAAUCAUUACCAAAUUUGGGCGAGAAGAAUAAAGAAAGGCCUCUGUGCUUUCCUUACAGUAUUAAAGCCAGGGCGCUCAUUCACGCUCACUUGAUGCGGGUACCGCUAAAUCCAAGCACAUUGGAAAUAGAUCGUAGAUACAUCAUCAAUAAAUGCCCAUAUUUAAUUCAGGAGCAAGUCAAUUCUGUUAACCAAUUGAUAUUGCUUGCAUACGCGAGAAGAAUACCAAAGUUGCCGAGUAUUGAGACAAUUGAAAAUUGCAUGCGGAUAUGCCCCAUGGUAGUUCAAGGUAUUUGGGAGGUCAGGAAUAUAUUCUUGCAAUUGCCGCACAUCACGAUGGACAAUUUGAGAUAUUUUCAAAACAAAAAGCGGCCGAUAAAAACCCUGCAACAAUUUGCCCAAUUGAAACCAACAGAUCGCAGAAAUAUCUUGAAGAGUUUGUCCGACGAAGAAUACGAGGACGUGAUGAAAGUAUUGGGUAGUAUGCCUUGCGUGGAUUUCCAAGUGAAAUGCGAAGUUGUGGACGAUGAGAAUUCAACAGAAGUCACUGCCGGUGCUAUUGUAACAGUAACAGUAACUUUAGUUAGGAAAGAUCUUAAAACGCUAUUCAAAACUGAACCUGUCGUUGGAGAGAAAGGCGUGGAGAACGGAAUCGAAGAAGAUAACGCGGACGAAGAAUCUAAGGUUGAUCCUAAGAAACCCGCCUGGCAGAAGAAUAGAAAAAAAUAUAAUAAGAAAGCUCCAAAAACGAAAAGCAAAGUAGCUCCAGCUGCAACUUCCUCUGUUAAAGUGAAGCCAGAUGAGUCGCCUGCGCCAACCGUAACUAAAGUGGAGAAAGCAAAUGAAAACGUUGAAAAUAGCGAUGAUUCUGACAGCGAAGUGGAUACUAAUGAUAGGUCCUCCGAUGAUGAAGUCAAGAAUUCCAAUGUCGAAGACGAUGAUCAAGAGUGGGAGAAGUUCCAACAGAAAGUACACAAAAGAGAUGGAGUUUUAGAAGGGAAAUCAAAGAUGUCUCAUUCCGUUGUGCAUUGUCCCUAUUUCCCCAGUGAUAAACAAGAAUAUUGGUGGACUUACAUUUGUGAUAGAAAGUCUAGGACACUUCUAACACAACCUUAUCAUAUUACAAGUUUAGUGGAUAAGGAGGAGUAUCACCUGAGGUUCACUGCUCCGAAUUGGAAGGGCGUUUAUUAUUUCACCGUGUGUCUUAGGUCUGAUUCUUAUUUGGGAUUCGAUCAACAGAAAGACAUAAAACUGGACGUUAAAGAAGCUCCAACUGAAAUCACCGAUCAUCCGCAAUGGGAGUUCGAGAAUUCCGAAGAAGAAGAUCAGGUCGCCGACGAUGGUCACGAAUCCGAAUUCACGACUGACGAUGAUCUGCCGGACGAUGACGACCAUUAGGUUAAUUUAUCAUUUUUUUUAAGAUUCUUAUUCAGUGCAUCAAAGAUUCAAACAGAACUGUUGACAUUCCAUGCUGUAUGUGUUAAAUGAGUGGGGAACAAAAACCAAAGAUUAACCCAUCAUUAACUACGAGAAACGUAAAGAACUGUUGUACUGA